AGCGUCCAGUGCUUCGGCAAGAAGAAGACCGCCACCGCUGUUGCCCACUGCAAGCAGGGCCAGGGCCUCAUCAAGGUCAACGGCCAGCCCAUCUCGCUCGUCCAGCCCGAGAUCCUCAGAUUCAAGGUCUACGAGCCUGUCCUCAUCCUCGGCCUCGACAAGUUCGGUAUGCGAUUACCUAUUCUCCCGGAAAGACAGCAAAAGAGCAAUGGAUGUAAAAGAGCAUGGGACACAAGGACGGAAGAUGGAUCUGGAGACAUUGCACGCAGCUGGGAUCUUUUCCGCGUCUCCGGUGGUGGUCACACUUCCCAGGUCUACGCCAUCCGCCAGGCUAUUGCCAAGUCCAUCAAGUUCGUCGAUGAGCACUCCAAGAACCAGCUGAAGCAGGCUCUUGUCGCCUACGACCGCACACUCCUCGUCGCCGACAACAGAAGAUGCGAGCCCAAGAAGUUCGGUGGUAAGGGUGCCCGCUCGCGCUUCCAGAAGUCCUACCGUUAA